AUUACACGACCGGAAGUAGAACGUUGGCCCCGCGUGAGAGGCUGCGUACAAAUGGAGGAUUGAGAUGCCGGCGUGCUGUGUCUGCCAGUCAAAUGUCUGACAAUCGCCGGUUUUUAUUUUGUCUCUUCCUUGGUCAAUUUAGAGGCUUUAGGUAUCAAUGUCAGGUGGAGAUUAAGUGCGUGUUGAAGGUGAUCAGUCAAAGGAAUGGACACUCCUGCCACUGUUUCCGUUGAGUGUGUGCGAGCGAGAGAGCACUUAACCAUGUUACAUUUUUAAAAGUUAUGAGAAGAUGAGGACACAUUCAUGCUGAUGCUGAGGUCAUGGCGAAGCGAUCCAUCCUAUAAAAGUGAACGGAAUGAAGGGCCAAUGAACGGUGAAGGCUGUGAUCUAAGUGUGCCAAGCCCAGCGCUGGCAGGGUAUUUGGGAAAUGCUGAGAAUAGAGGGGUGGUAAGUGGAGCCUGCCCUUGGUGUUCUGCAAAAGGACAACUAAAUGUUCUUCGCUCAUAUGCAUUCAACUUUAAAGAAUCCAUCAUGCUCUGUACUAGUCCGCUGUGCCUUUUCCCUCUAGUUAGUGGGCCCUUGGACAGUAUCCAUGCCAUCCUUUCUUCAUCUCAAGAUGUACAGGGAUGCAAGAGGAAGUUCUGUUUCACACUAGAGACUGGAGACCAUGAUCCAUCCCCCAAGCACCGAAAGAAAGAAGGGCUGAACAUUUUGACAGAUGUAAAAUGCCAAAGUUUGGGUUUUGGUGACUGCAGAGUGUCUGCAAUGUCAGUUAAAAAUGAAUUGUUAAUCAAUGAUCAUAAGAAGCAGCAAGAGGUUGAAAAUGCUUUCAGGAAUACUGAGGCCUUUUGUGUCAAUAGUGGGGAUUCAGGAUUCUCUAAUGAUGCACAAAUGGAGGAGCCUGUAUCUAGCUGUCAGGCCAAUAUGUGGAAGGUACCAUCAAUGGAUGCAGCUGUGCAAGGUUUCAUACAGAUGGUACCUACAUGGCAACAUUUGUUUUGGAAAAAUAAGGAUAACUUGUGUUGGUUAGAUUCCAUGCUUGUGGCACUUGUACACUCCAGGAUACUUAGAGAAGCAUCUUAUGAAAAUGUAUGCUUGACUGACAAAUUCCCCUGCAAAAAUUAUACUGUGAAGAACUUGUGUGCAACAUACAAAACAUUAUGUACAUAUAUUAAAGCCAAGGAACAACAGUGCCAAGACAACAUUUUACGAUUGCCUUUUGAUGAUCGCCAGAAAGUAGAGCAAGAGUUGGAAGCUCUUCGGAUGUCUGUCUUUCAGUUUCUUCACCCAAAGCUUCAGUGUGAAUUGGGUCUGAAGAAGACACCAGUCUUUGCACUUCCACUUCUCCUUAGGUCAGAUGACUGGGCUUACAGUCUUUUCCAGCAUACUGGUCAGUGGGAAUUUAUUUGCACAUGCUGUGGAUACAAUUUCAGCACAAGCAUUGAGGAGACUGUAACAACUUUUACACAGGUUAUGUCUGAUUGGCACCCACUAAGAGCAGUGCACACAGCUCAAUGCAGCAACUGUAAUAACAAAAACCAGAUGAGGAAAUUGGUCUUACAGAGAAUUUCUUCAGUGCUUGUACUACACUUUAUGAAGGGACUACCACAAAGAGACCUCUCCAAGUAUGCAUUUGAUUUUCAAGGCACACACUACAACGUCAGCACUAUUAUACAGUACAGUGAACAGCAUGAGCACUUUGUCACAUGGAUUCAUCAACCAGAUGGAUUAUGGCUGGAAUUUGAUGAUUUGAAGUACCCCCACUGCAUAACCCACAGGAGGUUUACUCUCCCAGCCAGUCAGUUCCACCUCAUCUUCUGGGAGGCAAGUUCGAGAGAGGAGUCCAAGCUUCCUGAUGAUAAUCCUAUUCAGGGAAUGAGUAAUGUGGUUGAUGUCUUUCAAGAUGCAACUAAUUCUACACCUGAUGACACAUGCAUUAUAGAGGCCUUGACUGAAAAAGACAAUGAGUCUGUCAGUACCUGGGAUACUUCAAUAGGCAGUACAACAUUGAUUGAAACGUUUGAGGGCCUUUCACAUAGUGACAUUGUCACACUUACUUUGGUUGAGGUCAAAGUAGAUUCUGCAGAAAACUCUCUCUCAAAUUCCCAGGAAACAGUAACAGGGCCAGCUGUGUCUAGUGGCCCAGAAGCAUCUCAUCUUCUAGACAAAAACUCUUUGGAUCAAAUUUCAUGCAAUGAAAAAAGCAAAGUUUGUGUUCAGAAAGUUUCACCUGCAACAGAAAUAUCUCUUCCCUCUGUGUUAAAAGCAUCAGACUUGGUAGAACCUCCAAAAGUAAGCAAAUGUCCAACUGCCCUUUGCUCUUCAAACCCCAAUACCUCCAACCUAUCUUUAUUUUAUCUGCACCCUUCCCACCAGUCAACACCAUUACCCCUUCAUACCAUGAAUCAAAAAGAUAGCUUACGAACUGAUGCCAAUGAGGCCCUCCUGGCCAAACCUGCUGAGCUCUUUGGUGGAUAUAGAGCAAAGACUCAUCCAAGUCCAGUUUUACCUGGAGGACUUUUAAGACAUCCAUUAGUGAAAUUGCCCACUGUUUCACCAAAGCCAUUUAACCCUGGUGGCAACGUGUCUGUGAGGCCAUGUUCCAUGCUAAUGAAAUCUAGCCAGAACAUCCCAAUUUCAUCCCAAUCAAAGAUGGUAUUGUCCACUGAAACUCUCAGACUAAAACUCAUGAAAAGGCUCAAAGCCAAAAAGAAGAAGCUGGCAAAGUUAAAUAAACUGCUUAGUAUAGAAGAUGGCGAGUCUACUCCCAGGCCAGACAGCACAGAUGUUUCCUCCCCAUACUCAGUCACCUCUAGUACAUCAGCAUAUGAUAGCCCAGCAUUUGAUGAUUUCUUUGCUGAGCUUUUAUCUCCAGCCAUGAGCAGCACCAGCAACCUGUCACCUGAUAGCACAGGCCUUUUGGAUGUAUUAACCAACAGCCUUAAUGCUGGGACAUCGGAAAGCAGCCCCCAGAGAAACUCUACAACAGCUCCUUAUCUUUCAGUUCCUCUUUUAAAUGAUUUAUCUUCCAGUGACAGCUUUCUUGAUGAAUUAAUCUCAUGAUCAAGGGAGUAGCAAUCUGUAAUUGAGAGUGUUUAAUUUAAUGCUUUGGCUAUAUUUCUUAAGUCAGUUUGGGGUUUUUUUUUGAAGUGGGGCGGGGUGUUCUAAAAAGCUGUGCAACAUUUAGGGCCUGUCAUAGACUAUAGGGAUUCAUAUUUUUGGCUCCAACUUCCUGUUAUUACUUUGCGUCUUCCAUCCAACUUGGGUGGAGGGGGAAUUCUGCUUCGGCAAUCAAGGGCUGAUUCUUGGAAAUGAAAAUAAUUUAGUUUGUAAUGUGUGUAGGAUUUUGUACAUUUUAAGGUAAUGUUUCACUAUCCUGGCCAUACGCAAUGAUUUUUGUAAAAUAAAAAAAAAAUAUUUGUCAUUUUACUGUGCUGUCUAGUUUAGGCCAAAAAAAAUGAAGUAAAAUAAGUUGCUUUAGCUAAAAUUAGUAUUUUGAAUGCUAC